CUGUGUCUUCUGGCAGUCCUCUUCAGUUUUUGGUGAUGGGUUGAGGAUUUUCUGAAGCUAAUCUUUAUUUGGAGUUAUUGAAGUUGGACAAUCUUGGUUUAAUUCAUCAUGCAGGGUUGUGGUCUCUUUAAGGAGAGAAGCCAACAAUUAGCAAGGUAACUGGAGGCAGCUGUGGGUCGUUAACCCCAGCUUGCUUUGGGCUCUGCCAUUCUGUUUCCUGCUCCAGCCCUGCCACAAGCUCUUGCUUUUGGUGUCCAGUGGUGUACUCUGCCACUGGGAAUGUCCUUUAGUGUCACAGUUCUGUUUUAGUUUAGAGAAGUCUUUUACCUGUGAAGAGAAGGGAUGGCACUUAGCCACAGCUGUUAGUUCUGGUUUAACAGCAGCAUCUGAGUAGAUCUGGUUGGAUCCCAUGGAAAACAUACUGGAAUGCUGCUUCUGUGCUUUUCUGGCUGCCGAUGCAGAUGAGUCUGGGAGCACCGAGAGCUGCGACUUGAGACCCCAAAGAUUCCCAUUUGCCAUGCUGAGAUUUGGGCAGCAUCUCAUCAAGCCCUCUGCGGUCUUCCUGAAGACUGAGCUCUCCUUUGCUCUCGUGAAUCGGAAGCCAGUGGUCCCGGGGCGUAUCCUUUUGAGCAGUGCCUGCACCAUGGAUGCCUGUACUCAGGAGAAAGGCAGGAGGAGCUCUGCACUUCAGAGGCCAGAUGUCCUUGUGUGUCCUCUGCGGCCAGUGGAGCGCUUCCGAGACUUGGGCCCCGAGGAAGUGGCUGAUCUAUUUCUCACGGCGCAAAGAGUCGGCAAUGUGGUGGAGAAACACUUCUGCGGCACCUCGCUCACCAUCUCCAUUCAGGAUGGCCCCGAAGCUGGACAAACGGUGAAGCAUGUUCAUGUCCAUGUGCUUCCAAGGAGGGCUGGAGACUUCAGCAGGAAUGACGAUGUCUACAAGGAGUUGCAACACCAUGACAAAGAGGAGUCCCCUGACAAGUGGAGGACAGAAGAAGAAAUGGCAGCUGAAGCAGCAAUUCUGAAGAAGUAUUUUCAAGAUUAGAGUGCUCAGUGGCCCUGGAGCUGCAGCUGGACAAUUUUAUUACCCUCUGCAAAAAUGGGAUUCUUCCAUGAAAAAUUUUAUUGGACCUCUGGAGAUCAUCAAGGUUGAAUUUCAGCUAAGACAACAACUAACAGCACUGAUUCAAAACAUUGCUCUGAGUAGUAUCUCAUCUAUUGCUGAAGUGUCUGCUUGGGAAUGAAUCUUUUUAAAUCGUCCCUUGGCCUAAAUUGAAAUAAAGUGCUGGCAAAAUCA